CGUGGGCGGGAGUCUGUUGCAGAUCCACAGACAGGGCCUGGAGGCCCCACCCUCCCCAGAGCCAGGCCCCGGAUCCCUGUCUGUCUCUUUUAUUAUUUUGGCAGGCGUUGAGAAGUUAAUCUUUCUCUACUGGAGCGGCUUCCCUUUUUUUUCACCCUGAGAGGACGCCAAAAGGAGGAGACCUCAGGUUGCCAUGAACUCUGCCGUGACCACCAAUGAGGACCCUGACUUCUUGCAGAGGGAUGACAGCUUGCUCAGCUCCCACGAUGAUGGCCAAGGCAAGAAGAAGGAUGGCCAGUCAGGGAGUCCCAGCAGCAGCCAGCUGGCCUAUAGCAUCUUGGACAUCCCACCAUGGUAUCUCUGCAUCUUCUUGGGGAUCCAGCACUUCCUUACGGCCCUGGGGGGGCUCGUGGCAGUGCCACUCAUCCUGGCGGAUCACCUGUGUCUGCAGCAUGACCCCCUGACCCAGAGCUACCUCAUCAGCACCAUUUUCUUUGUCUCUGGCAUCUGCACUCUCCUGCAAGUGUUUUUAGGAGUCAGGCUGCCCAUUCUCCAGGGAGGGACAUUUGGUUUUGUGGCGCCCUCCCUGGCCAUGCUCUCCCUUCCUGCCUGGAAGUGCCCUGAGUGGACACUCAAUGCCACCCAGGUGAACACCAGCUCUCCUGAAUUCACCGAGGAAUGGCAGAAGAGGAUCCGGGAGUUGCAGGGCGCCAUCAUGGUCGCUUCCUGUGUCCAGAUUCUAGUGGGCUUCUCAGGCCUCAUCGGCUUUCUCAUGCGCUUCAUUGGCCCCUUGACCAUUGCUCCGACCAUCACCCUGGUGGCCCUGCCUCUCUUCCAUUCUGCGGGGAAUAACGCUGGGAGCCACUGGGGGAUUGCGGCCGUGACCAUCUUCCUCAUCGUGCUGUUUUCUCAGUACCUGAAAAACGUCGCGGUGCCCGUGCCUGUUUAUGGAAGAGAGAAGAAGGGUUUCACCUCUAAGUUCUAUCUGUUUCAGGUCUUCCCUGUGCUGCUGGCCCUCUGCAUCUCAUGGUUCCUCUGCUUUGUGCUCACGGUGACCAACGCCCUCCCUGCGGACCCCACAGGCUAUGGGUACCUGGCCCGCACCGACACCAAAGCCAACGUCCUGAGCCAGGCUCCUUGGUUUCGCUUCCCUUACCCAGGACAGUGGGGCCUCCCCACCGUCAGCCUGGCUGGGGUCUUUGGGAUCACGGCAGGAGUGAUCUCCUCCAUGGUGGAGUCGGUAGGCGAUUAUUAUGCCUGUGCCCGCCUGGCAGGGGCCCCACCCCCUCCGAAGCACGCCAUCAACCGCGGCAUCGGCAUUGAGGGCAUUGGCUGCCUGCUGGCAGGGGCCUGGGGGUCCGGGAACGGCACCACCUCCUACAGCGAGAAUGUUGGGGCACUGGGGAUCACCAAGGUGGGGAGCAGGAUGGUGAUUGUCGCUGCUGGCUGUGUGCUGCUCCUGAUGGGAGUAUUUGGGAAGAUUGGGGCUGCAUUUGCUACCAUCCCAACCCCUGUGAUCGGAGGCAUGUUCCUGGUGAUGUUCGGAGUCAUCGCUGCCGUGGGGAUUUCCAAUCUGCAGUACGUGGACAUGAACUCGUCCAGGAACAUUUUUGUCUUUGGCUUCUCCAUCUUCUGCGGGCUUACCAUUCCUAACUGGGUGAACAACAACACCGAGAAGCUCCAAACAGGGAUUCUCCAAUUGGACCAGGUCAUCCAGGUGCUGCUGACCACGGACAUGUUUGUAGGAGGAUUUCUGGGCUUUCUACUGGACAACACCAUCCCAGGAAGUCCGGAGGAGAGAGGCCUCCUGACAUGGAAUCAAAUCCACGAGGAGUCUGGGGAGACUACGAAGGCAUCAGAGGUCUACGGCUUUCCCUGUGGGAUUGGCACAAAGUUCUGCACUUCCUCCUAUACUCAGUAUCUCCCUUUCUGGCCCAGAGUGGAACAUCGUGGGAAAGUUGGUGCAAAAGAGAGUUGUCUGGGACUGGGGGACCACCGAGCAGGAUGCCUUCACGCAAGCCAAAAUAGCACUAAAACAAAUUCAGUCUUUGGGUGUUUUGACACAGGGGCAACUAUGCAAAUUGGACGUUUCCAGCUACCAAAAAGGGUUCAGAUGGGGUCUCUGGCAGAUCCAAGGCAAUAAACGAAUUCCCCUUGGCUUCUGGUCCCAAUUGUGGAAAGGGGCUGAAAACUGAUAUAGCACACUAGAGCAACAAUGAUGUGCCGCUUACUUGGCUUGCUGAAACCGUUAAAGACAGAAGACAGGACCCUAGCCCAUUGGACAAGGCACCUAAGAACUGCAAUUUGUUGAAUGAAUGAACACGAAAGACUCACCUGAUCUAGUGCAUUUCAGAUGUUGACAGAAGGACCCGAUACGACAGUGUGUCUACAGACAAGAGCCCACCAAAGGGAAAAAAUACAACCACAGAUAGGCACUGUGAACAAUUUGCUUUUGCCUCUGCCACAAGAACUCCCUACCGGGACCCACGUGGUGACUUGGCCCUGGGACUGGCAGGUGGGGCCCCACUGGUGUUGUUGCUUAGCCCCUUGGGGGACAGGCUUAGAACAGGAUAUCACGGUAAUACUUUUUAUCAUGGGGAGGCCACCAAAAACAUUCAAACUCACUAAUCCAGGGCCUCUAAUUUCCCGAGGCACUUUAAUCCUUUCCCUCUGGUGGUUGUUCCUCCCUUAUCCCAUUCCACUGCAACUGCGUGUGUCUUGUUGGAUGGUCAUGACGUCCCAGUUUUAGUUCCCUCUAAACAUCUUACUUUUGUCCUUAGAACAACGUCUGCCAACCUCUUCACUGAUUGAGCACUGUUGCUGACAUACAAAAUUGCUCCAGCUGCUGGGUAUGCAGCAAGCUGCCUCUCUCUCUGAACGUGGGAUUACCAUGGAGGACAGUUUUCUUUGGCAUUUUUGCCUUUUUGUUAUUACUUUUAUUUUCUUGCUAUGCUCUCUAUUGCCGUAGUGGUAUACGGUUACAAUGUUCCUCUAUGUGUCUGGCCCAAGGGGUUCCGCGGAAGAAUGGCGCGUUAGGAUUGUAAGGGCCAUUCAGACAUGUGGGGGGUGGAGUGUAGGGUUGUAGCCUAUGUGCCCUACAGCAACCAUGUAUCCUCUGGCCCCCUUUUGGGCAGGAUGCCAACCAUCUGGGAUUUAUAACGAUCCAGGGCUUCGCCAACCUGGAUCUUAACUUGUCUCACUCAAAGAACAUCAUGUCUUGAAGGAACAUAGAGCCUUUCCAUGUGAGCUACUGUUCUUGGGAACUCUGGUUGUACUAAAGACAGUUCCUCUUGGCAAGCAUGGAGUCUUUUUUUUUUUUUUUUUGUGAGGAAGAUUAGCCCUGGGCUAACAUCUGUGCCCAUCUUCCUCUAUUUUAUAUGGGAAACUGCCACAGCAUGGCUUGACAGGCAGUGUGUCAGUCCGCGCUCUGGAUCUGAAACUGUGAACCCCAGGCCACCAAAGCAGAGUAUGCGAACUUAACUGCUACGCCACUGGGCCAGCCCCAAGCAUGGCCCUCUCUCUGCCCACGGUAGAGAGUGCACAACUCCGUCCAGCCAGCCACCACUGGACAUUCCCCACAAGUAAAUCCAAUAAAUAAUUCUACCUUGUACGUUGUCUCUGGGUCUUUUCUUCGGUUCUCUGCAACCUAUCCCACACUGCUUGUGUAACUGGGCGUGUGGCCUGACAAAAGUGUCUCUCUCCAACCUCUGCUUCCAUCUUCCCAUCUUUUUUUUCCUCCUUUGACCUUCUUGCUUCAUUCUUAUAAAGACACUUGUGAUUACAUUAAGGGCCCACCCAUUUGAUCCAGGAUAAUCUCUCCAUCUCAAGAUCCUUAGCUUAGUUACAUCCACAAAGGCCCUUUGCCAUAUAAGGUGAUACUCACAGACUCUGGUGAUUAGGACAUGGAUAUCUUUAGGAGCCAUUAUUCAGCUUACUGCCAUCCCUAAUUUAAAAUCCUAUAAUAGUAACUUUAUAGUUUGGCAGCUGUUCCUGAAGAACAUGAGCCUGAAGACCCUGCCACCCUGGGGGAAACUGAUAUGCAGAGAUCAAAGCCUUUACAGAUCUGCUUUAUUGACUCUAAAUUUUCUCCCUGUGAAGCCACGUCAGCUCCCACUGGCAGUAGAGUUUCCUGGUCACCUUGUCACUUCCGCACUUCCAAAUACACUGGCUGGAGUCAGCACGAAAGGCGUCCUCCUUGCAUAUAGCCUUAGUAGGUGAAAAGUCAUGUAUUCCUUUUUCACCAUUUGCCGGUUAAGUUUUUAAACCAAUUCUGCUCUUUUGAACAGUUUUUCAUUCCUAAUAUAUGCAUCUUGUGUUGAUUUUAUAAUGUAUCCAGUCUGUUCUUGGAAGAUAUUUUGUAGCCUUAGUCCAUAAAAAACUGACAAUUAUCUUUACAAAAUCUGUGAUAAACCUCUACACAUUUUUAUUUUUGCUAUAAAACAUAUACUUGAAUGAAAUGUAACCGUUGUUAAACUCUACUAGAAGCUGAUUAACAAACAGAAAUUAGCACUUUAUUUUAGGAUAGUGAGAAUGGGGAAGAACUUUAAUUCUACUCCUACAGGACAUCUCCACUCUACUUCUGCUUUGAACCUCACCCCAUCAGACUUUCCUCCUGUGUGCUGUUUUGUUGGUGGCAGCUACAGACCCCAGUUACUAAUCCCCCUUCCUUGAGGAUGUCAGUGCAUAGGUCACUGUCUCUCCAACCAUCCUCCUGUCUUAAUAAUUGAUGACUUCAUAUCCACAUAGCUCAUCCUUCCCCCACCCUGGCCUCUUGUUCCUCCUCCAAUAACCUGGUCCUUCACACCAUCUCAGCAGCUCAUUCCUAUGGCCACAUUCUAGUCUGGACUUUGCAAUCCACCUCCUACAGCCUCAAUUUCAAGCAAUCUCUGACCACUACCCCCUGCUAUUUUUCUGGCUUGCUACCUCUAGUACCUCAAGUCCUAUAACCCUUUAAUUGGCCAGGAUCUGAAUCUACUGUCUUCCCACCUGCUUCUUGUCCUCUCUUCCCUCCUUACCCAGCUUCAAUUCCAGAGUCAGUCACAAUAAUCACUUUCUUGCAUUCUUAACACCCUUGGUGUGCUUUCUCUUCAUUGCACUCAUUUGGCAAAACUUUAACGCUGAUCAAAAACAACUCUUCACCUACUCUGUGCCUGCGUCCACACAGCUGAACUGAGCUGACUGCUCUUAUCUUAGAUUCAUAACCAUGAACUUCAUGUGGGUCUUCAGUGCUGCCCAGCAGUCAUGCCACCUUUCCCACGUCCACUCGCUCUCUCUUGUUCUCUCUUCAGAAGCCCCUUCCACCUCUGUCCUCAUCCUGACUCUCAGCUUCCUGUCUCACUGAGAGCUCUGUGGGGUUGCAAUCAGAAGCAUCCACAUCUCUCCACCCACAGCUUCUGCACCCCUAUCCUCAGCUUUCCCUCCUGUUACAAUGAAUGAACCAUCUGGUUCUUCUCUAGAGCUGAUUCCCUCCCUUUGUGCUCCAGAGCCCAUCCCUUCGUUCCUACUCAAGGAUUCACUGCAGCAAAAAAUUAAAUUCUCCCCUCUUCCUCAUCAAAUUUUCUCUUUCUUUUAAUAGUUUAUGUUACCAUAUACACCUGCUGUUAUUACUAUUAUCUUUAAAAAAGUCUAAUUUUGUGAACACGUGAAUUGUUGGAUUAGAGUGGUAGGAUCUGCCUAUAUAAAGUGCUGUAGUAAAUAUCUGUGGAUCCAGGAUGUGGGCUUAGCUCUAGCGGAACCCAGGUGCUUCCCAAACCAGUCAAGAGUAGUCACAUCCCCUCUUCAGCCCUUCUGUUCUUCAAAUCCUGUCCAAUUCUAGCGUCGGAAGACACUGAAGCAAAGCAAAGAAAUUAUUUGGUGGGUUAUAGCUUAAACAGUGGCCUUAUUUGGAAACCCUAGUAGGCUAUUUGUGAUUGGUCUUUCUUUUUUAAAAAUUAUUUUAUUGGGGCCAACCCUGUGGUGUAGUGGUUAAGUGCGUGCACUCCACUGCUGGCUGCCUGGGUUUGGAUCCUGGGCGCGCACUGAUGCACCGCUUGUCGGGCCAUGCUGUGGCGGCAUCCCACGUAGAGUGGAGGAGGAUGGGCGUGGAUGUUGGCUCGGGGCCAGUCUUCCUCAGCAAAAAAAAAAGAGGAGGAUUGGCAUGGAUCUUAGCUCAGGGCUGAUCUUCCUCACACACACAAAAUAUAUAUAUAUAUAU